UCAGUGUUGCCAUGGCAGGAUGACGGGUAGGGUGUGCCGCUCGGGCGUGUGGGCCUAUGUGUUUUUGCUAAUGCAGGUGUGGGCGGGGGGGGAACACACCUGCAACCACGUGCAUCCGCGGCCUGACCAGGUCAUACUGGACGUUCCCUUGGAGCCUCAUCACGUGGUCAGGAAGAGAAGCGUUGACCAACCACUUAGAAUUAAACUUUACUACGAUGAGAGUGUAUACGCGCUCUCAGAGGAAAAAUAUGACUUAAUCCACGAGCUUGUGAUGCCCAGCGCGGUGGCGUACUGGGAGGCGGCGCUGAUGGUGCGGAAGACUGAGAGUGUCAUAAGACUGAACAGGCGCUGUGAGAAGAACCAGGUGUUCCUCGUUAAGGGGGAGGCGCACCCCUUCUGCAAGAGCCGCUGUGAGCCUGUUACCAUGUGCGGGGAGGUGCAGGUCCCUGAAGAACACCUCCAUGCGUGUCGGGUGUGCAAUACGCUGGGUGACAACUGCCGGGUAGUGGCUGCGGAGGUGGGCGCUGGCAUCCCUGGGGCGGACUUCGUGUUCUAUAUCUCAGCGCUGGAGACAGAGCGAUGUCGUCGAGGGUACACUGUGGCAUAUGCUGCGCACUGCCAACAGGAAGCGGCACUCGACAGACCCAUCGCGGGGCACGCCAACCUCUGCCCCGGGGCCAUCAGUACCAAGGCGCAGGAACUGGAAACUCUCAUAUCCACCGUCAAACAUGAGAUCCUACACGCACUGGGGUUCUCGAUCUCCCUCUACGCCUUCUACCGGGACGAUGACGGCCGACCGCUGACCAACAGGACGGAGAACGGGAAGCCACCGCUGAAUGAGGCAUUGCAAGCGAGACAGUGGAGCGAAAAGGUCAUCCGCAAAAUAGUCCGCCCGAAGUGGGAGGUCCGAGGCGGAGUGACAACCAAGGAGAUCAACAUGGUGGUCACUCCCAGGGUCAAGGAGGAGGUCCGCCGGCACUUCAAAUGUGAUGAGUUGGAGGGUGCCGAGCUUGAGGACCAGGGCCACGAGGGGACGGCACUCACGCACUGGGAGAAAAGGGUGUUUGAGAACGAGGCCAUGACAGGGACGCACACCCAGAACCCGGCCUACUCCCGCAUCACCCUGGCCCUGAUGGAGGACACCGGGUGGUACAGGGCUAACUAUCGUCUUGCUCAGCCCUUGAAGUGGGGGAACCACCUUGGAUGUGCGUUUGCCAUGGGGAGCUGCAAGGCGUACAUGGAGGAACAGAUGAAGAAGGGCAAGAGCAUCCACCCUUUCUGCAACAAGGUGAAACGUGACCCCCUGGAGACAGACUGCACUGAGGACCGGACCUCCGUGGCGCUGUGUAACCUGGUAGAACAUCGCAACCAACUACCCCAACACUACCAGAACUUUGGCACUAUCCCGCAUGUGUCACACUCCCGGGUCGGGCACUACGGGGGGUCGGUUGCCUUGGCGGACUAUUGCCCGUACAUUCAGGAGUUCACGUGGAAGAGUCACGAUGUAGUGAUCCGCGGCUCACACUGUCAGUACCCAGAGAACAACCCAGAGCCAGAGAAGAACUUUGCCCUGGAGUCGUACACCCCAGAGAGUCGGUGUUUUAACCAGCAGCGGGAGUGGACGGAGCGGACCUGUGCGCACCUGAGGCAGUGGCAACAUUGGGGUUCCGGCUGCUACGAGUACCUGUGUGCCGACGGUCUGCUGCAUCUGUUAUUGGCAAACCACACCUAUCCAUGCUAUAGGGAGGGCCAGGUCAUCAACAUCUCCAUCUUCCACAACGAUUGGCUACACGAGGGCGCCAUCUUGUGCCCAGCCUGUGAGGAACUGUGCAAGGAUGAAAACAUGGUCUGCAAACGAGGGUCCGAUCCGCCGCCUUCAGCCGAGUUCUACCGGGACCAGCUGGUGUGUGGGGGGGCUGCCCUCUCACCCCCCUCCCCCCUCACCCUUCUCCUGCCACCCCUGCUCCUCCUCCUCCUCCUCAACACCCCAAAUUACUACUACUUCUACUACUACUACUACUACAAGAAGCUACUAUUACUGGUACUACUGCCGCUGUGGAAAGGGCUGUGUGUGUGCGUGUUCGCGUGUGUGUGUUUGUUUCUGAAAGCGUCGUUUGUUUCGUGUAUUUUCUGCGUUUUUUUAAUAUUUUUCAGGUUUUUUUCGUUUUCGAGGUUAAUUUUUUUUUCUUCUUUUUCUUCUUCUUCUUCUAAACGAGGAAUAGUUUCAUCCUCUUCCUCCUCUUCUUCCUCUUCUUCCUCUUCUUCCUCUUCUUCCUCCCUCUGACCUAAGUUAUUCUAGUUAUUAUUAUUAUUAUGAUUAUUAUUAUUAUUAUUAUUAUUAUUAUUAUUAGGGUGAGGCGGACAUGACUCGCUCUGCUAACGGAAAAAUAUCAAUUAAAAAUCCGUAUUUGUCGUACCGUGCAAAACAAAGAGUGCGUAAGACUCCUCAGAUAACACACUUCCUAUUUGAGUAUAGUCCAACCAAAUUGUCGAGUGCGUUUGGGCGGAGGCUCCCACGGGUCUGUUUCUCUCUCAUAUGUUACGUUUACCCUACGUACGAGAGAAAGGGAUAGAUGUUGGGAUGUCAGGCAGAGCAGAAGGAAGGAGAGAGCCCACGGGACCGUACACUUAAACAGACUUAACAGUUUGGUUGGAGUAUAGUAUCUGUCGAGCUUCCGUUAUCGUCAUAGGAAGGUCUAAUUUUUAUUUCGAUUGCUGCUUGUCUUGUUACGAGGGGGCAUGGCUCGUAUAUGGGGUGUUCACGGCCUCUACGAUAAGUCUGGUGCCAAGACGCAAGCCCAAAUGCCUGAAGCGAUCCUUGGGCUGUGGGUUAAGUUUGAGGUAUAAGCUGAGAUUGUUUACACGUCCAAUUCUGCAAGUUAUGACAGUGUUUGAACUUGUAAUUUUCAGGCCUAUGCUCGUCAGAUAUAACCUCCAGGCUCUACGAUAAAAUUUUGCUUCCACUAAUAACUCCACAACAAUCCACAUGUUUGUCAGAUAUAACCUCCAGGCUCUACGAUAAAAUUUUGCUUCCACUAAUAACUCCACAACAAUCCACAUGUUUGUUUACAGGACUCCCACGAACACAAAACCUCAGUACAACAAUAUCUUUUUAAUAUAUAUUUUUUUUACGUGUAGGCCUAUAGCACAGGGAGGCUUGUUCGAGGGUCCUGGAUGGUAGUUGGCCCCAGCCCGUCAUGGCGCAGGCAAGUGUUUAUAGUGGCGCCAUCUUCUCCUGGCUCAUGCUGCCCCCCG